AUACAUGCACGGUAGCAGGAAUGCACUGACUAGUUGGUUCGCUCACUGUCAUAACGAAGAAGAAGAGUUGCCGGAAAUUACGGAUUACAACUUCCUUUCAAUUCCAAGAUGGCUGCCACAUUCGGAAAACGUGUGUUAACCAUUUCAACAAAUUAGCGUUUACCAUGCUUUCAUACAGUUUUCCUAUUAUUUUGAUUAAAUUGUCAAUAUAUUGGAAGUAAAGGCUAUUUGUUUGGAUAGUUUAGAAUUAUCUGUGGCAAGUAUACAUUUGGACGUGUUGGAGAGAAAGUAGCUAGCUAGUUUGUUAGCUUGCCAGUGUGUUCUAUUGGUUGACUGGCUAACAAAAAGCAACAGUGAUCAGAACAAGAAACGUAAGGUCGUAGCACAGAAUAAGCCAUGUCAGCCCUUACAAUAUUCGUCCGGAGUUUGCCAGCAGAUGCAUCUAACGACCGCCUGGAGGAGAUAUUCUCUGAGAUUGGACCUGUGAAGCACUGCUUUGUUGUCAAGGAAAAAGGUGCAGAGAAAUGUCGGGGGUUUGGGUAUGUCACUUACUCCAUGGAGGAGGAUGCACAGCGCGCUGUGAGAGAGGUGAAAGACUAUGAUGGACAGAAGAUAAACGUGUCGGUGGCCAAGAAGAAACUAAACGACAAGAAAAGGGGAACAACAGCCACGGCACCAAAAGAUCCAGUACCACAAAAAGAACAGAAAUCUGAUGGAGGCUUAAAGAAAAACAGAAGGAAAGCCAGACUGAUCAUCAGGAAUCUCAGUUUCAAGUGCUCGAAUGAGGAUCUGAAGCAGACCUUUGCCAAGUUUGGGACAGUUCUGGAGGCCAACAUCCCGCUCAAACCAGAUGGGAAGAUGAGGGGCUUUGCGUUUGUCCAGUUUAAGAACGUCUUAGAGGCAGGAAAAGCCUUGAACGCCAUAAACCUGAAAGAGAUCAAAGGAAGGCAGGUAGCUGUGGAUUGGGCUGUGGCUAAAGACAAGUUUGUCGCUACUCAGCCAGGAGCUAAGAAAGAGGAAAAGGUUGCAGCAGAGAAAGCGGCACCUGAAAGUGACUCUGAAGAGGAGGAGAAGGUGGAGGAAGAGGAGGAGAAGAAGAAACCAGAAGCACAUUCAAAGAACAAUCCUCUCUACAGAGUCAGCUCUAAGCCAGCUCAGCAGCCAGACAGCCCAUCAGAGCAUGAGAGCGAAGAGGACGAUGAAGAGGAUCAUGAGGAGGAUGAAGAUUCAGAGUCUCAGGAGUCAGAUUGCGAUGAAACAAGUGACCUUGGGUCUGAUGAAGAUGAUGAUGAAGAAGAUGACGAUUCUGAUAGUGCAGCCAACAGGAAGCCCCUCCCAUCAGAUAUUAAUCAGGGCAAAACCAUCUUCAUCAGGAACCUAUCGUUUGAUACGGAGGAGGAGGGCUUAGAGGAGGUGUUACUGCAGUAUGGAGAACUGAAGUACAUCAAGAUCUGCCUACACCCAGACACUGAACACUCUAAAGGUAUUGCAUUUGCUCAGUUCAAGUCUAAAGAAGCAGCAGAGAAAUGCAUUGCUGAUGCAGAGGAUGAGUCAGAGAGCGGUGGUAUCCGUGUGGAUGGUAGGAAGCUGAACAUUGUAGCGGCGGUGAGCAGAGAGGACGCUGUCAAACUAAAGGACAAGAAGGUUAAAACUCAUACAGGGACCAGGAACCUCUACCUGGCUAGAGAGGGAUUGAUACGGUCAGGAACGAAGGCAGCUGAGGGUGUUCCAGCAGCAGACAUGGCCAAGAGGACCCGAUUUGAGGACCUGAAGCUGACCAAGCUACGGGACAUUAAUGUGUUUGUGUCUAAGACCCGCUUGUGUGUCCACAACCUGCCCAAAUUUGUAGACGUCAAACAACUACGAAAACUCUGCCUGAAAGCUGCAGGGGGUGGCAACGUGGUCCGCAUUACCGAGUGCAGGGUGAUGUAUGAUAAGAAGCCGGAGCGUGGUCAGGUGUUAGGCCGGUCACUAGGUUACGGCUUUGUUCAGUUCCAAGAACAUGAACACGCUCUGAAGACACUACGAUACCUCAACAACAACCCUGACAUCUACGGAAACACCAAGAGGCCCAUCGCUGAGUUCUCUCUUGAAGAUGGAAAGAAGCUGAAGAUGAAAGAAAUGCGACAACAACAAGUCAAGGAGCGUUUCAAGGGGCGGGGCCCUCAGGGAGGAGUGAAGCCGCAGUCUGGAGGCAAGACUGGACCUCAGAGGUGUGCUUCUAAACCCCAGAGUGCCAUGGAAACGAAGGAGGGGCCAGCGAAGACACAGACACAGUCAUUACCAUCCGGACAGGACCGAAAGGAUGGAGUACCUCCCCCCCAGCCACAGGCCCAGACUCUGUUCCAUGCCCAGACCCAGCCACAGGCCCAGACACUGUUCCAGACCCAGCCACAGGACCAGAAGCAGGGCCGGCAGUAUGCAGGCUUCCAGACCACCCCGGUUCUAGAACAUGUAGAACUGGAGGAUGGAAAGAAAAGACGGAAGGUUCUAGCCCUACCUUCUCACCGUGGCCCAAAGAUCAGGGCACGUGAUAAGGGGAAGCCGCAGCCUGCCCAGCCUAAGAAGCCCAAGAACCGGCCCAGCAGGAGAGAGCUACAGGGAGGAACGUCACUGGAGAAACCUACACAGCCCAGAACAAAGAGCGCAAAGGGUGCCAAGAAGCGGUUUAGGAACCAAGAGGAUGACCGCUUUGACAACCUGGUUGAACAGUACAAGAGGAAACUGAUGGGCGGCAACAAGACCACAAACAUCAAGAAGAACAAAUGGUUCAACAGUUAGUUGUGUGUGUGUGAGAGAGAGCGAGGCCAUUUUUUGGUAUACCCCAAUAACCUUUUCCUUAUGUUGGUUUCUACAUCAUUGACAUGUUGAAACAAGGGUAUGAUGGUUGGAAUAACAUUGAACUGUGUAUUUUGCAGAGUCCGGCGUAGUACACUGUCAUAUGUCUGUGUCCUCAUGUUAUACACAACUUGUGGUGUGCCAUCAGUGGUAAAGGAAAGCUAAGAGAUGGAAUAUAAUUAACUUCCUGAAUUGACCCCGACUCUGACAGACUGCAUCAGCUGGAAGCACAUGUUAAACAAUGUGUGUUCUUCACAACAGAUGCUGAUGCUUUACUCUUUACUGUUUUAUGUUCAUGUUAACUAUUGGUCAAUAAUAAUGUAAAGAAUAUCAGAGCUUUCAAAAAUGUAAAUGACGUUUUUAUUAAAGAACUUACAAAGACA